GGACGGCUCCACUCCCUCCCUCCGCUGCGGGGGGGAGCCCGGCGCCCUAACACUGGUAAUUGCUCUUGCCGCGCCCAACUGCAAGCCCCUCUUCCGCCGCCUGCGAAGAGAAGGUCAGUGGCCGCGAAGUUGGAACGUGAUCGGAGCCACGAGGCCCAGUGAGGCGGCAGCGAGCGGGCAGCGCAACGCGCUCCCCCUGUCCCGGGUGCCGAGUGCGCCCCUCCCGGGGCCCGCCUGUGCUCCGGGCGGAGCGCGCUAGCUGCUCGGGCGCGGGGCGUUCUUGGUGCGCUGGUCCGUGGUGAGUCUGGGCUCCCGUGGCCGCGUGCUGGGAGGAGACUGGAGUCCGGUUAGGAAGAAUGGAGUUGGCUACUCGCUACCAGAUCCCUAAAGAAGUGGCUGACAUCUUUAACGCCCCCAGUGAUGAUGAAGAGUUUGUCGGCUUCCGAGAUGAUGUUCCCAUGGAAACCCUCUCGUCAGAGGAGAGCUGCGAUAGUUUUGACUCACUGGAGUCAGGGAAACAGCAGGAUGUGCGCUUUCAUUCCAAAUACUUCACAGAAGAACUAAGAAGAAUUUUUAUAGAGGACACUGACUCAGAGACUGAGGAUUUUGCAGGAUUUACGCAGAGUGAUCUGAAUGGAAAGACUAACCCAGAAGUAAUGGUCGUGGAGUCAGAUUUGAGUGAUGAUGGCAAAGCAUCUUUGGUGAGCGAGGAAGAUGAAGAAGAAGAUAAGGCUACCCCGAGAAGAAGCAGGUCUAGAAGAAGUAGUAUUGGUCUUCGAGUAGCCUUUCAGUUCCCCACCAAGAAGCUGGCCAACAAACCAGAUAAAAACAGUUCUUGCGAGCAGUUGUUUUCUAGCUCACACUUACAGAACGAGAAAAAAACAAUUCUUGGAAGAAAGAAAGGCCGUAGACAGGUGAUACAAAGGGAAGAUUCUACCUCUGAGUCUGAGGACGACUCUCGGGAUGAGAGCCAGGAGAAUUCGGAUGCUUUGCUGAAAAGGACCAUGAACAUCAAGGAGAACAAAGCCAUGCUUGCCCAGUUAUUGGCGGAAUUGAACUCGAUGCCAGAUUUCUUCCCAGUACGAACCCCAACCUCAGCUUCUAGGAAGAAAACAGUGAGGCGGGCCUUCUCGGAGGGACAGAUCACACGGCGCAUGAACCCGACCCGGAGUGCACGGCCUCCUGAGAAGUUUGCUCUAGAGAACUUCACUGUCUCAGCCGCCAAAUUUGCAGAAGAGUUUUACAGCUUCCGAAGAAGGAAGACAAUUAGUGGGGGGAAAUGCCGGGAGUAUAGACGACGUCACCGUAUAUCUUCUUUUCGGCCAGUGGAGGAUAUCACCGAAGAGGACUUAGAAAAUGUUGCCAUAACUGUUCGAGAUAAAAUCUAUGAUAAAGUUCUGGGUAACACGUGCCAUCAGUGUCGACAAAAGACCAUCGACACCAAGACAGUGUGUCGGAACCAGGGUUGCUGUGGUGUGCGAGGACAGUUCUGUGGACCAUGCCUGCGGAACCGCUAUGGGGAGGAUGUCAGAUCAGCAUUGCUGGACCCGGAUUGGGUGUGUCCCCCCUGUCGUGGGAUCUGCAAUUGCAGCUACUGUCGGAAGCGUGACGGCCGCUGUGCCACAGGAAUCCUCAUUCAUCUGGCCAAGUUUUAUGGUUAUGACAAUGUUAAGGAAUAUCUGGAGAGCUUACAAAAGGAGCUGGUAGAAGACAAGUAGAGGAAAACAGAACCAGCCACCUCACCAUAGAGUACUCCAAGACCUCACCAUAGAGUACUCCAAGACCUCACCAUAGAGUACUCCAAGACCUGCAUACCAUUUGUGCCUAAGAUUUUUUACAGUUGUGUUUUUAUACAGAAAUUCUUUGUAGAAAUUACUAUUUUUUGUUAAAGAUUGUUUAUAUGCUUACAAAGAUUUCUCAGGAAGACAGCAGAGCAGAGGAAUCUAUAUAGAUGUAUGCACAGACCUGUUUGUGUGCUGAACUUUGUUAAAAAUAUCUGCCAAUGAUUAAAAAGCCAAUUUAAAUGGGGUGGGGUUAAAGUUCAGGUAAAUUAGAGAGAAAACAUUGUAUGAGCAGCUCCUGCCUUGAUCUACCUUUGGCUUCCCAAACAGUGACUCCAGGCUAAGUUUGCCUUAGCACGAGUGACCACAGUUUAACAGACAACACACAUCGUUUAACCUGCUCUUGGUCAUUGGAAAUUUACACUGAACAAAGUGCAAUUAACUGCAGAACAGUUUUAUUUUUAUUAAAACUUGACUGAACAAAAGGGGACCGUCAAUAUUGUAGACACUUGAGGCCUCACAGAGUGCUAUCCUCUUCAGGACUCACCUGGGGCCUGCUGCUUUUAUAUUUUGAAAGAGUUUAAGGGCUGAUAAUUUUUAAUUUAAUUUGUUUAAAAAUUAAAAUCUCCCUUCUUUCCAGCUGCAUUGCUUUUGCAUGUUCAGAUAUGAUGUACUUUUUUUUUUGAGAUGGAGUCUUAUUCUGUUGCCCAGGCUGGAGUGCAGUGGUGCAACCUUUGCCUCCCGGGUUCAAGCGAUUCGCCUGCCUCCUGAGUAACUGGGACUACAGUUGUGUGCCACCACGCCUGGCUAAUUUUUUGUAGUUCUAGUAGAGAUGGAGUUUCACCGUGUUAGCCAGGAUGGUAUCGAUCUCCUGACCCACCCGCCUUGGCUUCCCAAAGUGCUGGGAUGGAUUGGGAUUACAGGCGUGAGCCACCGCGCUCAGCCCUGAAUAACUGACUUUCACCCCUUUCUUCACUUUUAAGAAUGCACGUGUGAGUUACUAAAAAGUUAUGAUAGAAUACAUUAAUGUACACGGGAACAGUGCAGCAACAUGCUAGAAAAUCCUCACUGCACUCCAGCUGAGGCUAGAGGAAUGCCAGUGUUAUCUUACGCUUCUAGCAGCAGAGCCACUCCGGCUAGAACCCAUUUUGCAGUCUUCUCUUUGCUCUUCAGCCUGAAGGUCCAGAUGUAGCUGGGGCCUCUCAGUUUGGUUCUAUACACAGGGCACUCGUAGGUCUGUUUGGUUUCUUGUCUGUCCAUGGGGGUGGCUUUUGCAAAGAUGACCGGCAUAGGGCAUGCCAGCUCCUUGAGACGGGCUUCAACAAUGGUUCCUGAUUGGGUGUCCCAGCGGGCGCCUAUGGCAAAAACAUAACGGUUGAAAUGGUGUGGCAGGUUGCUACUGAUGAUCAAGUUGUUUGAUGCAAUAAACAUUCAACAAACA